AUGGCAGAUCAGAGGUGGGAGAUGAGCAUCCAUAGGUGCUGCCCGCAGCCACCGCCAGUCCUAAGUUUAGCUGCUACCAGCAACAACUGCGAGAAGCUGGCCAAGCACAGCUGCUGCAUGGCUGACAACCUGACCAGGGAUCUACUCCACCGGCUCUUCGCCGACGGAUACCGAGCCGAUGUCGGCGUCUACACCAACGACGGCAUCAUUCUGGCCCACGCCAGCAUUCUUGGCAUGGCUUCCCCGGUGAUCAAGACCAUGCUGAAGCAGUCCAAGAGAAGAGGAGGGCGUCGGAGGGCGAUCUCCAUCCGCGGUGUUCCUCACAAUGCCGUCCGCAUCUUUCUUCGCUUCCUCUACACAUCAUGCUACGAGGAGGAAGAGAUGAACGAGUUCGUGCUGCAUCUGCUGGUGCUGUCGCAUGCAUUCGUGAUCCCAUCAUUGAAGAUGGUGUGCGUGCAGCAGCUGGAGAGAGGCCUGCUCACCACGGAGAACGCGGUGGACGCGUUGCAGCUCGCGAGGCUCUGCGACGCGCCCCGCCUCUGCCUCCUCUGCCACCGGUUGAUAGUGAAGCAGUUCAAGGAGGUGUCUGCUUCCGGGGGGUGGAAGGUGAUGAGGCAGAGUGACCCCGUGCUCGAGAAGGAGCUUCUCGAGUCGGUGACCGAUGACGAUUCAAGCAAGAUCGAGAGAGUGAGGAAGAUAGAGGAGAGGAAGAUCUACCUGCAGCUGCACGAAGCGAUGGAGGCGCUGGUCCACAUCUGCAGGGACGGGUGCCGCACCAUCGGGCCUCACGACAAGGUUCUGAAGCAGAACGCGGCGCCCUGCAACUUCCCCGCCUGCAAAGGCCUAGAAGCGUUGGUCCGCCACUUCGCCGGCUGCAAGAACCGAGUGCUCGGUGGCUGCACCCACUGCAAGAGGAUGUGGCAGCUUCUCGAGCUCCACUCGCGGCUGUGCUCGCAGGUGGACGGGUGCAAAGUCCCACUUUGCAGGCAUUUCAAGGAGAGGUUGAGGCAGCAGAGCAAGAAGGACGAGGUGAAGUGGAAACUGUUGGUGAGCAAAGUGCAGGAGGCGGCGGACUUCUCGCGGGCACGCGUUCACUCGUCGGUGGUGGUGGUGUGCACGCAGCCCCAGCUCACGUUUCAUUGA